AUGGAUACAACAGUACAACAAGAUGUUGCUUCCAUAAUAGCAGCUUCAAAUUGUAGUGGUGUUGGAGGUAAUGUACAACAAGUAGGAUCAUCCUCAAACAAACCCAAGACCAGAAGAGGAAGACCACCAAAGGCACAACAGAAAACAGCUUCCGUUGUAUCCUCAAGUCACCUACACAAUGUUUUAGAAUUUAAACAAACAUAUUCAAGAUUGCUCCGAAAACAACAAGAAAUUAUGGAACAAAAAAGACCAAAAUCUCUAUUGGAUACCAGUUUAAUGUCGAUCAAUGAUUUAAUGAAUGACCUCAGUGAUGACGAAGAAGAUAUUAGCAGUGGAACAAAUCAACAACCUGUUGCAGGUAGUGAAAAUUUUAAUAAUUUAAUGGAAGAGGAUGAAUUGGAAGAUAUGAUGUCAACAACAGCCACACGAACAAAUAAUAAUAAUUUAUUGAUAAUACCUCCAGAAAAACAAUCACUUAGGGAUUUGCUUCAAUUCAAAGAUUUAGCUAUCAAAAAACCAGAGCAAAUAAUAGAGGAAGCAAUACGAAAAGAAUUAAAACGAACCAGAGGAAUGGAGGAUGAAAUAGAUAUGGAUGUACCAAAUGAUGUAAGAAAAGUAAUUGAUUUUUCUAGAAUACCCAAAUUUACAACAAUUCUGGAAGAGAUGGGAGAAAGUACCGAAGGAACUAGCCAACAAUGUGUCUAUAGUAUUACAGAAGAAGCUAAAGUAGAGAAUGGGUAUUUUUUACCAAAGAGGAACGAAAACUUUAUUGCACCUACAGAAGAAGCUAAUUAUUUUGGAAAAUACCACAAAGAGAAGAAUGAAAAAGUACCAUUGGAUGAAGUAGUUCUACAAGUGGCCAUUUAUCACCCUAUUAGAAAUACUAAAGUUCAAGAGUUUAUGGUUCUGGGAAGCCAAAAACUUACAGAACUAAGGGAUUGUAUAGAUUGUAUAUCUAAUACUGUUUUUGGAGAUGUCAAUAAUUAUUUCACAUCAUCAGCCUAUUUAUUUAUUGAGAAUAUAUUUUACAAUGAUAGAAGAAUUGCAAAUAAUAUUGAUUACAGUGAAAAUAUUAUUGAGUGGAUGAAAACUUUUGAAGAUGGCUCCACAUCAAAAGCACAUGUAUUUUCCUCAUUGAAAAUGGAGGAUGUUUCUUUUUAUGAUUUAUCAAUAAGGUUAAACGAGCCUUAUAUUUAUUGUCAUCAUGGAAACUGUAUGCAUUAUAUUGUUUUUACAGAGAUGAGAAUAUUUAACGAGAAGAAAGAUGUUAAUAACCUAUAUGCCUACCCUGUCAGAUGUUUCCAGGCAAAGCCAAAGAGAAGGAAAUGUGGUGUAUGUGAAAUUUAUCAAGCCAAAUGGGUAACAUUUAGAGACAAGUUCACAUCAGAUGAUCCCUCAUUCUUUUGUGAUUCAUGUUACAGACAAUUUCACUAUGACCAUGAUGGUACACUAUUAUAUAAUGAUUUUAAUGUAUUUAAAUAUUAUUGCGAGUAA